AUGGCCAAAAAGCGCAAGCGACCGGCCAAGGACGGGCCCAAGCCCUCGCAGAGUAUCACUGCGUCCCCCGGUCGUUUCAGAGCGCCCCGGGCCCCAAUUGCCCCCAAAUCAACCCAUCCUGUUCUCUGCCAAUACUACCGUGACGUGGUAUCUCUGCGACAGUAUCUCCUCCAGCAGCUUCCAGUCACCUCCAAGUCUCGUCGGCGGCGCAUCGCAUCCCUGGGAUCAUCCCGAGCCGAGCCCGGCUGUCCUGCCGAACCCCAAAUCCUGGCGGAUCUACUGGAUUCCACUCGGGUGGGCAUUCGGAAAGAUUCCUCCCCGACGGUUAAUUCCCAACGACAGCAGGAUUACUUGGCUUUCGCCCAGUCCCAAUCACGGUCGAUUCUCAUCAGCACGGACACGGGGCCGGCCUGUCCACAAUCGGAGGUAGUCGAUUUCGUGAUUUGGAAACUCUUCAAUCACCAGGGCUCCUACAAGCCCCAGCACCUGCUGACCCAUGGGUUCCAACGCCCUGCCAUGGGACAGAAUGCCCCGGAGAGCAGCAUCCCGGGUCUUGCGAUUCAGUUUCCAAACCAGAAUGUCCGCACCCUCAAAAGUGCCCCAUGGGUGGAUAUUCUGGGGUUGCUUGGCAGCAAUGGGGAGGAGGUCAUGAUCCGCCUUCUCUUGGAUUGUGGCAUCUUUGUUUCAGUGAAUGCUCGCAAAGGCAUCUACUAUCAACUCAGCGGGCUGCCCUUGUCAACCCUUGAACCAGUAAGCAAUAAUAUUUCUUCGCAAACGGAGAGGAAAGCCUCUGCCAAACCAAACUCUUCCAAAGAAAAGAACCAUCAGGAAAGGGACCAGAAACAGAACCUACGGAGGCCAAAUAGUAUCCUCUUCCUCCGCCGGCGCAUGCUCUACAGUCGAUCGAGUGAUGCCAAAGGAAAAGCAUCAAUUGGACUCGGCCAGGCCCAUGUUCUCAACCGCUGUAGCUCGCUGGAUUCAACGGCGCAGACAGCACAUGUGAUGAAGUACAUCUUCCCUCGGCAGUUCGGCCUGCAGAAUGCGUUUACUUUGGCCUCGGAUGACCGUGAGAAUGGCGACCAGUUCAAGAUCUACAAUUUCCGUGAAGAUGAAAUAGCACGAAUUGAGGAUCCAAAACGCUUGCGAUAUUCUCGGCCCCAGGAUGAGCCUGUAGAUGCCGGUAACGAGACAAGACAUGUCAAGUUACCCAAGCGACUUCGGGGCAAAGCGGUCGAGCUCGUCCAAAAGCUGCGGAAGCAAAACGAACGAUGUUCAUACAGGGAGCUGCUGAGAUAUUAUUGCCCUAUUGAGCCAAUGGGGCCCUGGAAACUUGGCCCAUCGGCUUCACCCAACAAGGGUGUCGAGAACAGGGAUCCCCAAUCAUCCAUGGAGCAACCCAUGGUGACACAAAUACGGACAAAGAAUCCGUCAUCAACCGACGAGUUAACACAAUCACCAUGCCGUAAUUCGCUAUCGCAUCGGCAUAUCGCUGUUGACGCUCCUCAACAAGACCAGGUCAAGGCUCGACCGACGGUCCCAAAACCCAAAUUUAGUCUGACUGACCAUGCAACGCCUACUUCCUCUGUCUCGGCUUUUUGUCGCGCAGUUUUUCAGAGAUUGAUUCCUCGUCAAUUCUUCGGGGUGGGCCUAGAUGGCCUCUCGAAUCUCAAGACUGUUCUGAGAAACGUGGACUCCUUCAUCAAGAUGCGUCGAUUUGAAAGUCUGAAUCUGCAUGAAGUAUGCAAAGGCUUGAAGAUCACCGGCAUUCCUUGGUUGGAGCCUCCUUUGACCCAAAACCAUGCCACAAAACACAAAAUCUCCCUCUCUGAUUUCCAGAAACGCACUGAAUUGCUCUACGAAUUCAUCUAUUAUGUCUUCGAUGCAAUCCUGAUCCCUCUUGUCCGGGCUAAUUUCUAUGUGACUGAGUCCCAAACCCAUCGAAACCGUCUUUUCUACUUCCGCCACGAUGUGUGGCGUCGGUUGACAGGGCAGCCUUGGGCGGACUUGCAAACGACUAUGUUUGAAGAAAUCGAACCAAAACAAGCGCAGCGCAUGCUGGCACGACGCUCACUCGGUUUUGGAUCCCUCCGUUUACUCCCCAAGUCUACUGGUCUCCGACCAAUCUUGAACUUGCGGAAACGGAUCAUGAAGGAAACCGUCUGGGGUGGGAAAAAACGCUCCUUUCUCGCCCCAAGCAUCAAUUCGAACAUUACCCCCAUCCACAACAUGCUUAAUUACGAGCGACAGCGAGCUCCGGCAAAGUUGGGCUCGUCUAUGCAUUCCGUCAGCGAUAUGCAUUCUCGACUCAAAGAUUUCAAGGAACAACUGUUCCCACGGUUGCCCGCAGUCGACUCUGGGGAGUCAAAGCGUCCACCGCUCUUCUUUGUCAAGCUCGACAUCCAGGCUUGUUUCGAUACCAUCCCGCAAAAGAGACUCCUCCAUCUCGUUCAGCAGCUGGUUUCAGAGGAAGUCUACCAGAUCACCAAACACGUGGAGAUCGAGCCACCCAUGUCCGACGUGCGACGCGCGAAGCCAAUGCGGAAAUUUACAGGCCGCGCCGCGCCUGCGAAAAACCUCAGCCCCUAUCAGACCUUCUCGCAAAUGACGAAGACGCAUGAUGCCGAUGCCCUGCUAAAUCUUUUGGAUGAGCAUGUCCGCAACAAUCUCGUCAAGAUGGGCAACAAGUACUUUCGCCAGCGUAGCGGCAUCCCACAGGGUUCGGUGUUGAGUAGUUUGCUGUGUAACUUCUUCUACGCGGAGCUGGAACGGGAGGUCCUUGGCUUUCUGCGGCCCGAAGAUGCCCUACUCAUGCGGCUCAUUGACGACUUCUUGCUCAUCACGCCUGACGCGGGCCUCGCAAUGCGGUUUCUGCAGGUGAUGGUUCCGGGCCAGCCAUCCUACGGCGUGGUCGUCAAUUCGGCCAAGAGCCUGGUCAAUUUCACCGCAGCCAUCGACGGAAUGCACAUCCCCCGGCUGGAGGGCACGUCUCUCUUCCCGUACUGCGGAAAUCUCAUUGACACACACUCUCUCGAGAUCCACCGCGACCGAGACCGCGUCCUGGAAGGCGGCGACUCAGCAGCAGCCAUUCUCUCCGAUUCCCUGACCGUCGAAGCCACCCGUCUUCCCGGCUGCACCUUUCACCGCAAAGUCCUUGCCUCAUUCCGACUCCAACUACACCCAAUGUACCUCGACGACGUGCACAACUCGCGCGCUGUGGUGCUGACCAAUAUCUACACCAGCCUCGUCACCUGCGCCAUGAAGAUGUACCGCUAUAUGAAAUCGCUGCGCGGUCGAGCGCACCCGGGCCCGCGUAUCGUCAUCCGCACGAUCUACGAUCUCAUCCUGCAAACCUCGGGCCAGAUCCAGGCGCGGCGCGCGGCGGGCCCCCCGUCUUCCUUCUCGUGCUUUGUGCAGCGAUCGCAUCUCCAGUAUCUGGCCUCUGCGGCUUUUCGGUUUGUGCUGCGUCGCAAGCAAACGCGGUAUGCGGCGGUCCUGCGCUGGCUCGACUCGCUGGGGAAAGAGGCUCGCCCGACGUCGGAUACAGAGGCCCUCCGUAUGACGGGGGUUAUCAAGAGGGGUAACCUGGCGUUUGAAGGUUGGCGCUUUUAG